GUUGCGUGGUGGUCAAUCUGUUUUCGAUGUACUUCCGUCCUUCUUUGAAUACCAUUUUCUUGUAAUUGGUUAUAAUAAAUUCAAUACCCAAUAGUUUAUCAAAUACUAACUAUUAAUUGCGCCAUUCUUCGAAUCGCUUAGAAAAUACAACUUACAACGUCAAAAUGGCAGAAGACUUAGACGUUGAGGCUAUGUUAGAAGCUCCAUAUAACAAAUCGAACUUUGUGGUAAUAGUCCAGCAUACUUCACCGACCUGAACAAACAGAGAGAAGUAUCCCUGUGUGAUGUUAGCGCUGUGUGCGUCCUUUGUCAGUGGUUUUAUGAAUGGAUAACACUUCCUCUUCAAAGCAUCGAUCGGACAAGUAUUCUGAUAAGCAUAGAGAAAAAGACAAAGGAAGCAGUCGAAGACGAAGCCGCUCAAGGGAUAAAAGAAGGUCACGGGAACGAGGUGUAUAUCAAUCAAAAGAUAGGGAUGACAAAAAAGAUAGAGACCGGGAAAAAGACAGAGAUCGAGAAAAAGAUAGAGACCGGGAAAAAGAUAGAGACCGCGAAAAAGACAGAGAUCGGGAAAAAGAUAGAGAUCGGGAAAAGGAUAGGGAUCGGGAAAAGGAUAGAGACCGCAGAGAUCGUGAUAAAGACCGCAGCCACAGAGACAAAGACCGGGACAAAGAGAAAGAACGUGAAAGAGACAGGGAGAAAAGACGCAGCAGAGAUAAAGAACGCAGCCGUGAAAGAGAACGUAGUCGUGACAAAUCUCAUAAAAGGGAAAAGAGCAAAGAGCCAGAUCCUAAAGAAUAUAGAUCUAAAUCUAGAGGUUUAGAACCAAAAUUAGAAGAUUUACCUCCUGAAGAAAGAGAUCUUCGCACUGUGUUUUGUAUGCAAUUAUCUCAAAGAAUUAGAGCUAAAGAUCUUGAAGAAUUUUUCUCUUCUGUUGGUAAAGUUAGAGAUGUAAGACUUAUUACAUGUAACAAAACUAGGAGAUUUAAGGGAAUAGCAUACAUUGAGUUCAAGGAUGCAGAAUCUGUACCUUUGGCUUUAGGUUUAACGGGACAAAAGUUACUAGGUGUACCUAUUAUUGUUCAACAUACACAAGCAGAAAAAAAUAGAGUGGGCAACACCUUGCCUAACUUAGCUCCAAAAACCAGUAACGGCCCAACAAGGCUAUAUGUUGGUUCCCUUCACUUUAACAUUACAGAAGACAUGUUAAGAGGAAUUUUUGAGCCCUUUGGAAAAAUUGAUCAUAUACAACUUAUGACAGAUCCAGAGACGGGAAAAAGUAAAGGCUAUGGCUUCCUCACGUUUCAUCAUGCUGCUGAUGCAAAGAAAGCUAUGGAACAAUUGAAUGGCUUUGAAUUAGCUGGGAGGCCCAUGAAAGUAGGCCAUGUAACUGAAAGAACAGAUGGUGGAUCAAGUACACGGUUUGAUGCUGAUGAAUUGGAUAGAGCAGGAGUUGAUUUAGGAGCAACCGGCAGAUUGCAACUUAUGUUUAAACUUGCAGAAGGCACAGGAUUACAGAUUCCCCCAGCAGCUGCAUCUGUGUUGAUGGGAUCUGGAUCAGCUUUAGUAGCUCCACAACCACAAGUGGCACCACCAAUAGCUACACAAUGUUUUAUGCUCAACAACAUGUUUGAUCCUUCUGGUGAAACAAAUCCAAAUUGGGAUAUUGAGAUCAAAGAUGACGUAAUAAGCGAAUGUAACAAACAUGGUGGUGUGUUACACGUUUAUGUUGACAAAGCUUCUCCUCAAGGGAAUGUUUACUGCAAGUGCCCUACGAUAGCUACGGCCGUGGCGUCAGUGAACACUUUACAUGGACGAUGGUUCGCCGGUCGUGUUAUUACCGCUGCAUACGUACCACUCGUCAAUUAUCAUUCCCUAUUUCCGGACGCUAUGACUGCACUCACGUUAUUAUUACCGACAAGACAACGAUAAUCAAGUUUUAACGUGGUACCUUACUGGCGAUGCAAUUCUCAUUUUGGUCUCAUCAUAUCCUAUCAAACAGUGCAUACCAUAUCAAAAUAGUUUGCAAUUUUUUGCGUGUAAUUACUGUAAAAAGGUUUUAUUAUAUAGACUAGACAGAUAAAGCACCUCUAAAAAUGUCUAGUGUAAUUAUUUAAUACACACCACUAUCUUGAUAUGGCUUUCACUCACUAGAUUGUUCUAAUUUUGACAGAUUUAAAUAAUUGUAUAUUUAAUUAUGAACCAUAAUAAUUUUUUUAUGUCUGAAUUUAUUAUAAUAAAACCCAGACUGUAUAUGGACCAGAUUGGGUCGCUAGUAAUAGUACAGAUUAUAUGAAUUAAUAAUUUAAAGAAGCAUUUAUGUAUUGGGAUACACAAAUAGUAUAAAAACCGUGUUUUACUGUUUUAGAAAAAAAAACACUAUUUAGUAAUGACUUACUUCAGGUAAU